UAAUAUUUUUCAAAAGAAAAUUGCCUCAGUGUUCAAUUUAAUUAGCUUUAACGAUGACAAAUAAAAUAUAAAAUCAGAAUGGAACAAGAAAUUGGUACUUGGGAUUCUGUAUUAUUAGAAAACCUGUCGGAAGAUAGUUUUAUUAACAAUAUUCAGCAACGCUAUAAAAGGGAUCACAUAUAUACCUAUAUAGGCACCUCAGUAGUGGCAGUGAAUCCAUAUCAUCACAUAUCAGAGCAUUCUUUGGAAAAUAUACGUAGUUAUGGAAGUAAAGGAAUAUUUCAAUUACCACCCCACAUCUAUGGACUCACCAACUUAGCUUUUCAGUCGCUCAAAGAUCAAAGUGAAGAUCAAUGCAUUUUGUUAACUGGUGAAAGCGGUGCAGGUAAAACGGAAUCAUUUAAAAUGAUUGUCAACUUUUUAACACAUAUACAGGAGAAGAAUGUUUCGCCAUUACAAAUAUUCAAAAAACAAUCAUCCGUUAGCUGCACUUCAGCAAAUAUGCAUAGGCGAACAUCAAGUAGUUGUUCUGCUACAAAUUUCAUUCUCUGUAAAAAUCCUACAUCCACAAUUGGCACAAUGGGCUGUUCAUCACGUCGGCAAUCACCAUCACCAGGUGCAGUACCGAGACGUUGCGAUAAUACAACAUAUCGAACACGUGCCGAAAGUUCAGAUCGUCAAUCUAAUAGAAAUAUGCGCGAGAAAUUUGUUGAUUUUGAUUUUUCCCAUCAUAAAAGUACGGAAAAUAUUUCUUUGGACAGCUUGAGCACAACAUAUGGUUAUAUGCAUCUACAUGCUGACAAACAUCCUGCAAAAUCUUGUUUUAAACACCAACACUCACAAAUGCCUUGCACUGCCACUCCCUCGAAAUCACCAGGGACAAUGAGCUCAUCACCCAAAUAUGUAUCCGGUACUUCCGCCUCUUCUGGUGGUUGUCGUCUUUGUGGCCAUAGUAAAUGUACUCGUGCUCAAAGUUUAGAAAAAGAUGAAAGGGAAUUAUUACUGAAGGCCACGCGUUUAGUGACUCCAUCGCAUCAAUUGCAUACGCAUCGUGGCAGCUGCUCAAAUUUGACUCGACAACAUUCAACUGAAAAUCCAAUAACGAAAAGAUCGUCGCUUGUUGGUUCAACACAACGUAUAUCACUAUAUGAUGCUCACAAAUUAAGUCAAACUACAGCAAGUGCACAAACAUCACCAUCACUCACACGGAAUCGACAUAAAACCCCAAGUCAAAAAUUGCGCGAGUGUGUCUCCUAUGCUGAUGUCUUUCUCGAGGCUAUGGGAAAUGCGUCAACAAUGAAGAACAAUAACUCUAGUAGAUAUGGAAAACUUUUCGAUAUUGAAAUCGAUUUUAAGGGAGAUCCAAUUGGAGUUCACAUAACACACUAUAUGCUUGAAAAGACCAGGAUAACGAACACAACUAUUGGAGAGCGGAAUUUUCACAUAUUUUAUCAGUUGCUUUUGGGUGCAGAUUUGCAAUUAUUAAAAUCUUUAAAACUUUAUCGUAAUGUAGAAAAAUAUGAAAUUUUAAAUAAUACAACUGCCAUUGAAGAAGAUCGCACCAAUUUUCAUUAUACAAGGAAAUCUUUGGAAGUACUUGGACUAUCAUGCGAUGAGAUUAAUUCUAUAUUUCGGAUUCUAGCUGUGGUUUUAAAAUUAGGAAAUUUUAUUUUUGUACCUACCACUAACAUUGAUGGUACUGAAGGUUGUCAAAUAUCAAAUCUAUAUGAGGUACAAGAAACCGCAUAUUUGCUGAAUCUGGAAGCUCAAAUAUUAAUAAAUUGCCUUACGAGAUCAAAUAGUUUUAGCAGUAAUCAAGAGGAUGUUGGUUGCGAUUUGGAUGCAAAGCAAGCUGCUUAUAUACGUAGCACUGUGUGUCGUACACUAUACGGCCGCCUUUUUACUUGGCUUGUUAACAAAAUUAAUGAAAUUCUUAAAUCUGCCCAAAGAGAAAAAAAUUUAGCGUUAUUAGACUUUUACGGUUUCGAGAUAUUAGAAAGUAACUCAUUUGAACAAUUUGCAAUUAAUUACAGCGCUGAGAAAAUUCAUCACAAUUUCGUACAUAAUGUGCUUAAAACUGAACAGGAGCUUUACAUUAAGGAAGGCCUUGAGUGGACACGAAUUGAUUAUUUUGAUAACGAAUCCAUUUGCGAGCUGAUAGAUAAGCCGAAUUAUGGCAUCCUAAGCUUAAUAAAUGAGGCUCAUUUAAAUACAAACGAGGCUUUAUUACAGCGCAUACAACAAUGCUGUGCUGGUCAUCCGAAUUUCAUGACAAGUGGACCAAAUUCAAUGUGUUUUAAGAUACGUCAUUUUGCUAGUGUAGUCAAUUACUCCAUUCAUCGAUUUCUUGAAAAAAAUACAGAUGUACUGCCCAGAUAUAUAAGUACUGCACUAUAUAAAAGCGAUUUACCCUUAGUACAAAGUCUUUUUCCGGAAGGCAAUCCAAGGCGACAUACUUCGAAGAAACCAACAACUUUAAGUUCAAAUAUACGUACACAGUUGCACACACUAUUGGACAUAAUUAAAAAUCGCCGCGCUCAUUAUGUUUUUUGCAUUAAACCGAAUGAAAGCAAACAAGCACGUUCCUUCGAUUUAGCCUUAGUCCAGCAUCAAGUUCGCUAUUUGUCACUCAUGCCGCUGGUUCACUUAUGUCGCACAGGACAUUGCUUUCAUUUGUCGCAUGUCAAGUUCUUCAACCGCUACAAGCUAUUGAAUAGCAUCACCUGGCCCCACUUUCACAGUGGUAGCACUGUAGAGGGCAUUGCACUGAUAAUACGUAAUUUGCCAUUGCCAUCUGCAGAGUUUACAAUCGGCACAAAAAAUGUGUUUGUACGUAGCCCCCGUACUGUCUACGAGUUGGAGCAAUUUCGUAAAGCCCGUAUAAAUAAUUUGGCAGUGCUUAUACAAAAAGUUUUUCGGAUGUAUUUGGCGAGGAAGCGAUUUUUACGCAUGCGGGACAGUCAAAUUACUAUAUCGAGUGCAUGGAGGACAUGGCGGGAAUGUCGCUUUGGCAUUCCCUUUACAGGACGAAGACAUUUGUGGAGUCUUUACCGAGUUGCGCGAGAGGAGUAUCGUACCAUGAAGUAUAAAAGGCAAGUGAAAUGGGCAGUUGAUGUUAUAUCUCGACAUUUUCGGCGGUGGAAAAUACGACAAUAUUUACUAACAAUACCACUACGACUUCCACCCAACACUUUAAGUCCGCUGUCAACCGAAUGGCCUACAGCACCGAAAUUUCUUUCAGAAACCUCACGUCUAUUACGAUCUAUUUAUCAUCGUUGGAAAUGUUAUAUAUAUCGAAACUCAUUUGAUCAAACUUCUAGAAAUCGCAUGCGUGAAAAAGUAACUGCCAGUAUUAUAUUCAAAGAGCGUAAAGCAUCUUAUUCAAGAAGUGUUGGUCAUCCUUUUGUUGGUGACUAUGUGCGAUUAAGACACAAUCCGCAAUGGAAAAAAAUUUGCAUCGAAACCAACGAUCAGUAUGUUGUGUUUGCUGACAUAAUCAAUAAAAUUACACGGUCAAAUGGAAAGUUUGUGCCAAUCUUAUUAGUUCUAUCAACCUCAUCUCUACUAUUGUUGGAUCAACGAACAUUACAAGUUAAAUAUAGAGUGCCUGCUUCGGAAAUAUAUCGUAUGUCACUGAGUCCUUAUUUAGAUGAUAUAGCAGUUUUUCAUGUAAAAGCGUCGGAAUUUGGUCGUAAAAAAGGAGAUUUCGUUUUUCAAACAGGUCAUGUAAUCGAAAUUGUAACUAAAAUGUUUCUAGUCAUACAAAACGCGACAGGAAAACCACCGGAGAUACAUAUUAGCACAGAAUUUGAAGCUAAUUUUGGACAGCAAACUGUUAUAUUUUCUUUCAAGUAUAGUGGCUUGUCCGAUAUGUCUCAAAGUCAACCGAAAGUUAUAAGAAAAGCAAAUCGCAUGGAAAUCGUUGUAUGAUCCGCGGCCAAUAUCUAUCGUUGGACAUCUUUAGAUUUUUUAAAAGAACUAAAUAACUGAGUUGAACACUUGAACAGUUGAACAGUCUAAAAUUGAAUUUUGUAAAAAACAUUGCUAAUCAGUUAAUAUCAAUGGUUGUUUUCACAUUUCGACUCUCACAUUCUUAAAAAGGAUUGGAGUAUAUAGCAUAUAGCAUAUAGCUUCAAGCGUAGCGUUACUGCUCGAAUAAUAAUCACAAAUAUUAUAUUGUAAUAUGUAUAUCGCACUGGUAUAUGUAUAUAUGAGAUUCGAUAUAUUUUUUCUUAUAGAAAUAAUUAUUUCCAAUGAAAUGAACUGACAAUCAGCUAGUUCAGUUUUGCUAAGCCAGUGCUAAGCAUAGCCAAUGACUUACUUUUAACACAUCUAUUUAAGUGUAUAUUCUGUCAAACACUAUAGCGGUGUUAGCUUGUUCUUGUCAAGAGACGACAAUUCAAACAAGUACUUAUAUUUACGAAUUACAGAAUAUAAGUUAAUUUUUAAACACCAAAGUAUAAUUCUUAAAAACGCAAGCAUUUAAAAGUUAGUUUUUAAUUAUUAGUUAUAAGAGUGAUGUAGCAUUUCGAAGAGUGCGAGUGGUACUAUUUGUUGCUUUUUAAAAAUAAUAUUGCUUAAUAUGCUAUAAAUAUAAAUUUUUAUUUAACGAUCUAUUUGUUGAUAAAGCUUAUAUGAACGUAAAAACUAUUUAAUAAUUAACAUUUUAUUUAAUUGUUUUAUAUAUAAA